GCCGCUUCCGGUUAAUCAGGACACGUCACUGAUUUGACUGAGGAAGAGGAGUUGUGCCAAUCUUACCAAGAGAAAUAUACAUUUUAACCGAAGAAUCAUGUCCAACUCGGUGCUGUCUGUUAUUUCUCGGUUUCUAGAGGAGUACAGUAGCACGACGCCCACCAAGCUGAAGGUGGUGGACGCGUAUCUGCUGUACAUCUUGCUAACAGGAGCGCUGCAGUUCCUCUACUGUCUGCUCGUCGGAACCUUCCCAUUCAACAGCUUUCUGUCAGGCUUUAUCUCCUGCGUGGGCUCAUUCAUUCUUGCAGUUUGUCUUCGCAUCCAGAUCAACCCUCAGAACAAAGGAGACUUCUUGUCCAUUUCCCCUGAGAGAGCCUUCGCCGACUUCUUGUUCGCCAGCACCGUCCUCCACCUCGUUGUGAUGAACUUUAUCGGCUAAAAUGGAUAUAAAUCAAAUUUGUGUUGCUCUUAACAUUCAAAAGAUCACAUGACGUCAUCAACCACCUGUAAAAACCCUGGAUGCUACGAUAUUUUCCUUGACGACCUGGACGGCAUCAAGUGAACGAGAUGCGUUGCCUUACACUUGAUGCAGCAGUUUUCUUACUGAU